AGCUUAUCAAGGAACACACACUGUCAUACUCGUGGUCGGACCCAAGUAUCAGUCGCGAACGAAAGCGGACCGCGCGGCCACUUAAAUGGGCCAUAUCCGUACAUUCUGUUCAAAUGAUGUGCAAUAAAGAUUUAAAAUGGGUGACUUGCUACCUAGUAUACCUAAAAGCACGUUUGCUAGUGAACUAGACGUCCAUAAUUGGAGUGUUGUGGGCCUGGAUGAAUAUACCACAGACCAGGCACUGGCAGAUGUGGAGUUGUUCAAAGACUACCCUGAGGCUCUGUUGAGAUUUGCCUCUGUGUGCUGCGUGCUGUUCAUGUUGGUUGGUAUUCCAGGGAAUUUGAUCACCAUCGUCGCACUAGCACGCUGUAAAAAGGUCCGGAACGCAACCGCAGUGUUUAUCAUGAACUUGUCAUGUUCUGACCUCCUCUUCUGCUGCUUUAACCUUCCACUGGCAGCGUCUACUUUCUGGAGGCGGUCUUGGGCCCACGGAAGGACUCUCUGUAGGAUGUUUCCACUAGCCCGAUACGCGCUAGUUGCAGUAUCAUUAUUCACUGUCCUUGCCAUCACAAUAAAUAGAUACGUGAUGAUUUCACAUCCAAGAAUUUAUCCAAAGUUAUAUAAAAGACACUAUCUUGCAGUAAUGGUUGCUAGUACGUGGAUCUUCUCAUUUGGUGCACUAAUAGCAACAUGGCUAGAGAAAUGGGGUCGAUUCGGAUUAGAUCCCACUAUCGGAUCUUGCUCUAUACUCCCGGACCAAAAUAAAAGAUCACCGAAAGAAUUUCUCUUCGUCGGCGCCUUCAUGCUUCCCUGCUUAGCUAUAGUGAUAUGUUACGCUCGAAUAUUUUGUAUAGUGCGAGAGGCAGCUAGAAAAUCUCGAGCUCCAGCUCGCGGGCGACCUCGAGGAAUAUUAGAAGACUCGGCAGUCGGAUCAGCGUCAACCGCUUUAGAAAGAUCACCUUGUCCUGAAAAUGGAGUAAACCAUGUGGCUCCUCCUAAAAGAGCUUUACUUGCACCACCUGUAUUACAUUGUCCACCAACACCAGCACCUGAACGGUCAUCAUCUUCUGGUGUAGACACAUUGGACGGGCAUGAUGAAGAAUGUGCCCUAGAUGCAAAACCUCGAACGCCAAGCGGCGGCGAGACAACGAAGCGACUUCGACAAGCCGCAGUAGCAUUGAAACGAUCCCCAGCAUCGGUUAGACCACCUCGUCUCACUCACAAAGAUAGAAAGCUACUGAAAAUGAUAAUGGCCAUUAUGCUUUCGUUUUGGGUGUGCUACCUGCCUAUCACUCUGACGAAGAUUUUUCGGGAGUUCACCUCUCACCCCGCGGCGAACAUCGCCGGGUACAUCUUAAUAUAUUUGACUACGUGUAUAAACCCCAUAAUAUAUGUAGUGAUGUCGAGCGAAUACCGGCAGGCCUACAAGAACCUGCUGAUGUGCAGGCGAUGGGCGUGACGUUCGUCCGGCGA